AUGAUUGCGUGGUAUUCGAGCAGCGGCAACGACAGCGAAAAUUCUGCUUUCGCCGCUGCUGAUGGUGUUGGUGGUGUUCCCGGGUUUCCCGGUGAUGAGAAGAGCGACGACAAAAAUAAUUCAUCGUGUGGGGUGAAAUCCUUAACCGUGGGCCCAAAUCCAGGCGAAUUUGAGACGAUAUCGAAAGCGCUCGACGCGAGCGCGAAGGAAGGCGGGGCGACGAUUGAGAUAAAAAGCGGCACGUAUAAGGAACGAAUACUAAUGAACAAGGAUAACGUAAAAUUGGUUGGUUUGAGCGACGAUGUUUUCGUGGAAUGGAGAACGUCGACGCCGUACGAAAGCGUGUUGGAGGUUACGUCUGAAAACGCGAGCGUGGAGAACGUGAAGUUUACGCACGCGAGUAAAUCCGUGGCGAAUAACUUUGGGGUGUUUGUUAAAGAAAAAGGGAGUCUGAAGUUAAAAAAUGUGUCGGUGACAUCGGAAACUGGGAGCGGUGUAGCUACCGAAGGCGGCUCGAUUGACGCAGAAAACGUGGUGAUUGACAAAUGCAAAAACCACGGCGUUUCGGCGUUUGGAAAUCAGUCGGAAGAUCCGAAGAGCGGUCAAGUGCACCUGAAAAAUGUCGCGAUAUCGAAUUGUGGUGGCGACGGAAUCUUAUUACGAGGUGGUGUACAAAUAGACUCUUUAGAUGUCAAAAUCGACAAUUGCACCGGCUUUGGCGUCGACGCGUUUGAAAACGUGCAAGGAACGAUGAAAGCGUGUAAAAUCUCAAAGUGUCGAAAAGGAAACGUCGGAGGCGAUAACGACAACUACGACGGGAACGGUGUCGGCAUUGAAUUAGUUUAG